AUGUCGCAAAAGUCCCAGUCCCUACUCGAUUAUCUAGUGGAAAAUGAGCCUUCCUUCCGCAAAGCCCGCCUGCCAGCCCUCUACUCCUCCUUCGCAGCCCAGCGAACUCUGAAUCCCGACGGCUAUGCUGCCAACCUCUCCGCCUGGCGGCGCGCCCUCGCCAAAGUUGCAAAAUCCGGACUCGCACCUCCACCCACGUCAUCCAGCAAACCUUCUCUGCUCGUAUUAAACACAGACGAGAGGCUAGUAAGUGCCUUCGAGACGAAACAGUACGGCCGCCCACUAUCACUGGGGCUGGUGAUCAAAGAGGCGGUGGAAAACAAGGAGUUGGUGCCACUGAGGCAGUUCCUCGAGCAGAAGGAGAGCAUCUACUCCCGCUCUUGGUCGGUAUGGGGAUUAGCGGGGUGGGUCCUCAAGACGGCGGGUGUGACUGAUUUCCUGAAGGGUAGCGGGGAUAAAGUACCAAAGGGGCAAUUUGUCGUAGUGGAAAACGUCGAGGGGGCAAGCAAGGCUUUUGGCGAGGGGAUCAAGGACAAGGAGGGGCGGUUCGAGAGGACGUUUACCAGGGCGCAUUUUGCCAAGGUUUUUAAUGAUCAGCUUGUCGAAGGGGGCAGGGAGUUGUCAGAUACUGAUAUGGAUGUUUUGCUGGUUUUCUUGGCGAGGGAUAAGCAAAUGAUAGACUAUGAUGGGAAGACGGUCAAGAUCAGGGAUGGGGAGGGAGAGCCAGAGGGCUUGACGGACGAGGACGCGUCGAUUGCUCAGCUCAAGGAGUUGCUGGCUUCUUUGACGCAUCAAACGUUACUUUUGUCCAAGCGGGUCGAGGAACUGGGCGCACAGGCCAAGGAGGCGGUUACGAAACAAAACAGAGUGGCGGCGUUGGCGGCGCUCAAGAGCAAGAAGCUGGCCGAGCAAACGCUGGAAAAGCGAUAUGCCACUGUCAACCAACUGGAGCAGGUACAGACUCAACUCGAACAAGCGAGCGACAAUGUCCAGAUUGUCAAGGUCAUGGAGUCGUCAUCAGACGCUCUCAAGAGCCUCACGGCCAAGGUGGGCGGCGUCGAGGGGGUGGAAGAGGUUGUCGACAGGCUCCGGGAGCAGAUGGCUGAUGCCGAUGAGGUCGGCAAGAUCCUUGCCGAGGCCAGUGGAACAACCGUGCUGGAUGAGGGCGAGAUUGACGAUGAACUCGCCGAGAUGGAGAGACAGGAGAAGGAGAAGGAGAGGAAGAAGGUGGAGGAGAAGCAGCAGAGGGAAGCCGAGGAGGGGGCGAAGGAGGAACAGAAGGAGGCGGAAGACCUGCGGAAGAAGCUGGAGGCCAUUGGCGAAGUGCCUGGCAGUGCUCCUGUCAAAGAUAAGGAGACGGACGAGGCGGAGGCCAUGAUGGGUAGGCUUACUCUCGGUUAAUGAUGUGAUCGAACACGAAGGUUCAUGGCAAUCCAUGUAUGCUAAUUCGAAUCUGCGUAUACUAGUUCAUGCUUAAUGAGAGUUGUUAUGUGACAGCAUGUCGCCAUGACUCACUAUUACACACGAUUUAUACAACCAUUCAAGUUCCCCACAAUUGGGGGUUGGAUUCUUUGCGUAGGGAUUUUCAGAGAUGGCAUAGGAGUUCGGUAGCAUGGCGUUGUUUUGUGCAGGUAUCUCAUCAUGUAUUACCCUGAAUAUGAUUGUUUGGAAUCACGGGUGUCAGGAUAUCAUGAUGUUGUGAGAAGAGCUGGAGUACCUAUCAAAUACCAACAGGAUCAGGAAAUGUAAAUUGUUUUUUUUUCCCUUUUUU